AAAGCUAGGCUGGUUCUGAUUCUUACCCUGCUCCAGCAGUGACACACUCAGCCCCACAGGGAGUGGACGACCCCCAGGAAGAAGAUGAUGUUUUGGAGGAAACUCCCCAAAGCCCUCUUCAUUGGGCUGACUCUGGCCAUUGCUGUCAAUCUCCUUCUGGUAUUUUCUAGCAAGGGGACUUUACAAAACUUGUUUACGGGUGGUCUCCACAGGGAGCUUCCUUUACAUCUGAAUAAACGCGACGGGGCAGUGAUAAAGAGACUCUCCCACUUGGAGGUGGAAUUGCAGGAUCUGAAAGAAAGUAUGAAAUUAGCUCUGAGGCAACAAGAAAAUGUGAACAGCACACUGAAGAGGGCGAAAGAUGAAGUACGCCCUGUUCUAAAGGCAAUGGAAACCAAGGUGAAUGAGACAAAGAAGCACAAAACCCAAAUGAAACUCUUCCCACACUCACAGCUUUUCAGGCAAUGGGGCGAGGAUCUUUCUGAGGCCCAGCAGAAGGCGGCCCAGGACCUCUUCCGGAAGUUUGGUUACAACGCGUACCUCAGCAACCAGCUGCCUCUCAAUCGCACCAUCCCCGACACGCGAGACUACAGAUGUCUUCGGAAGACAUAUCCUUCCCAACUCCCAUCCCUCAGUGUCAUUCUCAUAUUCGUGAAUGAAGCUCUGUCCAUUAUACAACGGGCCAUCACCAGUAUCAUCAACCGGACACCCUCUCGAUUGUUGAAGGAAAUCAUCUUGGUGGAUGAUUUCAGCUCAAAUGGAGAACUAAAGGUACACUUGGAUGAGAAGAUUAAGCUUUACAACCAGAAGUAUCCAGGACUACUGAAAAUAAUACGGCAUCCCGAAAGGAAAGGUCUUGCUCAAGCCCGCAACACUGGCUGGGAAGCUGCCACAGCAGACGUGGUCGCCAUCUUGGAUGCUCACAUUGAAGUCAAUGUUGGGUGGGCAGAGCCAAUCUUGGCUCGGAUUCGGGAGGACCGCACUGUGAUUGUGUCUCCUGUGUUUGACAACAUUCGUUUUGACACCUUCAAACUGGAUAAGUAUGAACUGGCAGUUGAUGGGUUUAACUGGGAACUCUGGUGCCGCUACGAUGCACUGCCACAAGCCUGGAUUGAUCUGCGUGAUGUCACUGCCCCAGUGAAGAGUCCUUCAAUCAUGGGCAUCCUGGCUGCUAACAGGCACUUCCUGGGAGAGAUCGGGUCUCUGGAUGGUGGAAUGCUCAUCUAUGGAGGAGAGAACGUGGAGCUUAGCCUGAGGGUGUGGCAGUGUGGAGGGAAGGUCGAGAUUUUGCCCUGUUCCCGGAUUGCCCACCUAGAGAGACACCACAAGCCCUACGCCUUGGAUCUCACCCCUGCCUUGAAGCGCAAUGCUCUGCGAGUGGCCGAAAUCUGGAUGGAUGAGCACAAACACAUGGUCUACUUGGCCUGGAACAUACCUCUCCAGAACUCUGGAAUAGAUUUUGGAGACAUUUCUUCCAGAAUGGCACUCCGGCAAAAACUGAAAUGUAAAACUUUUGACUGGUACCUGAAAAAUGUUUAUCCACUCUUGAAGCCAAUCCACACCAUCGUGGGCUAUGGAAGAAUGAAAAACCUAUUGGAUGAAAAUGUCUGCUUGGAUCAGGGACCCGUUCCAGGCAACACCCCCAUCAUGUAUUACUGCCAUGAAUUCAGCUCACAGAAUGUCUACUAUCACCUAACUGGGGAGCUCUAUGUGGGACAACUGAUUGCAGAGGCCAGUGCUAGUGAUCGCUGCCUGACAGACCCUGGCAAGGCGGAGAAGCCCACCUUAGAACCAUGCUCCAAGGCAGCUAAGAAUGGACUGCAUAUAUAUUGGGAUUUUAAACCGGGAGGAGCUGUCAUAAACAGAGAUACCAAGCGGUGUCUGGAGAUGAAGAAGGAUCUUUCGGGUAGCCACGUGCUUGUGCUCCAGACCUGUACCACGCAAGUGUGGGAAAUCCAGCACAGUGUCAGAGACUGGGGUCAGACCAACAGCCAGUGAUCCUCAGAUGGCGCUGGAUCUGGGUCAUCAAUUCUUGCAAGUGGAAUGGCUUCUACUCCUAACACUCCCAGCUUCUUUCUCAAUGAGAAAGAAAGCAUGUGUAUGUCUGUUUAUGGCGACUUCAGGUGGGGCCUGUGCGUGUGCCGGGGUGUCUCUGUUGGAGAGAGGAGAGGAAGCUCUGAUGCCUCGUCCCCAGCUUCCCUGGGAAGGUCGUGAUAUAUAUCAAAUGCCAUUCUUGGAAACUCCUUGAAAUAACCAGCAUCUUUUGGCUGUUACGUGGGGAGAGGAGGAGGAGGAUGGAAGUUUGUCUUUGACUUCUGCCCACGAUGUUUAGCCUUCCUUCCCGACAGCUACUGUCGCCAUCUGCCCCACACCUCCUCCCCAGCUCAUCUGCUUGGGGACUCCCCAGGCUGCCGGGGGCCAUUCCACGUGAGAGGCUGGGCCCUCCUCAGGCCGGCAGCGUGACACCUCUUCAGGUAGCACUAAUUCUCCCUCCUGCCUGGACUGUCCUGAGAGAUGCAGAAAAUAGAUAAGUGACUUUUAAACAUUCCUCCAUUCAUCCUUCCAUGGCAGUUUUAUUUGGAUGAUCAGUCUCUCCCACACCAAAGAGAUUCUGGAGGCUGAGGGGAGGAGAGAAGGCACCUCGACUCAUCACAGCUGUCUAGGGGACAGUGUGUUGAGAAGGGUAAGAAAAUCCAGGGCCAUCAAAGCCUUUCUCUUAGUAGGUCAUAACAUUUAAUGACUUAAUUACCUAUUCCCUCCUCCUACUCUUGCAAAUUAUGGAGAAGAUGAGGCUUGAAUCAGAGGGGCAUCGCUUGUUGGGGGCAAAGAAGAGAUUGCAGGCAAAAUCUUAAAACCAAGGAUUCUAUGGCUGCCCACUGGAUAAAUAUUUUCUGCUAGUUGGUGAGUUGGGAAGAUGUAUCUCAGCCUGCCAAUUUUUGGCAAGGUUUUGGAGGCUGGUGGGACCGGGCACCAUGGUGGGGGAGGAGGUAGGAUGGUCCUGUGCGUGUGGUGUGUUGUGGGAUUACCCUUCAAGCAUGUGCUCCCAGAACCCCUUCUUCAGAGGGCCACUUUUCUCUCUUAGUCCCGUGUCAGGGCUGCUUGGAAAUGAUUUGGGGAAUCAUUAGGUUUUCUUCAGGCCUUAGGCAAGCGGGACAGUGAUAAUUUGGUACAGAAUUUAAUCAAUUAAAACUUAUAAAAAUGAACUUUUAAAAGUGUACAGAUUAUAAAUAGCUUGAUUAAAAUUUCACUAUGAACACUGCCAUAUCAAGAACUAAAACUACUGCAGAUACGAUUUUAUUAUGAAAAAAUCAAGGGACAAGAUGAAUGUUAAGCAAAUGUAUAAUUUCUAGCUUCUGCCUGGCAAAUUGAAGGGAAAAUGCAGUUCACAGCAAAGUUUUGAAAAAGCAUGUACCCAAUAGAAAGUUGGAUAAAAGACACAAUACCCUUAAACAUAUGAAAAGAUGUUUAACCUCAUUCGUAGUUAGAGAAAUGCAAAUUAAAACUGUAUUGAGAUACUUUUCACUUAAAUUGGUAAAAAUUAAAAAGUAAGACAGCACAUUCUUUUGGAAGGGCUGUGGGAAACAGGCAAUCUUAUACAUAAGGCAAACUGGGGAUAUUUAGCAAUAUCUAAAGAAACUGUAUGUACAUUUUCUAUUUGUGCCAGUAAUUCCACCUCUAGAGAUUUACCUUAAAAAUAAGAAAAUACUUAGCACAAAGUGACUCUUUGCAGUAUUCAUUGUAACUGAGAAAUGUUGAAAAAAAAAAAGAUGUGGCUGAACAUCAGAGAAUAAUUGAAUACCUCCAUAUAAUGGAGUACUAUGCAGCUAUGAUAAAGAACAAAGACUCUUUCCCUGAACUGAUAUGGGGUGAUUUCCAGUAUCUUUUGUUAAGUGGGAAAAGAAAAAUAGUAUCUAUACUAUGUACCUUUUAGGU